AUUACCCUUUCUCGAUUUUCACGCCAUCUUGUAAAUCUUGUUAGCCUGAGAAAAUGGGCACGUUUCUGACUGCUGCAAUUCGCUAUUUUUGAUCGCUACUGGAAGAAAGUGCCGUUUAUGUGCACCAAGAUGUGUUUCGCCAUCUAGCCGGACCGUUUGUCAAAGUCAGAUCGUGAAACAUUGUUGCUUCGGCAGUGGCGGAGUACUGCAGUACUGCAACGCAACUCUCGUCGCUGCCAAUCGCCCAAGUGUAAAAAAUUGCUGUAAAUAGAAAUCAUGUGGUCCGGACCCGCUGGACCGUGGAAUCAAUGGCCGAUUCAUGCCUCCAUGUAUCAAAACGUGCCUCAUGAACAAGUGGACUGGGCCCAACUCGCCAAGCAAUGGAUCCAAAUGCAGCAGACACCUUCUGGCCCCGAACCACCUAUGCCAGCACCGCAUAUGGCCCCACAUAUGGCACCCAGAGUGCCUGCACCAUCUCUGCCGCCACCACAGGCACAUCAUGGAGUGCCUCCUUCUGUACCUCACAAACCUAUGCCACCGCAUAUUGGAGGCAUGCCACCGUCCGGGCCGCCUCCACCACAAGGCGGCUACUGGGGAGGGCCGGCAUCGUCGUCUUGGGGGGCUGGGGAAGGAAAGCCCUGGCAGUCGAUGGGUCCACACCAGGCCAUGCCUGGAGGGGGAAUGGGCCCUCCCGCAGUUGCUCCUAUGCCACCCAUGGGAGUCUCCGAGAAGGAGACCUUUGACUACGGCCACGUCUCGUCAAGCCAGCCACUUGCCUCCCAGAGCUACGAUUACAACCACGGCGGUGCUGAACAGUACGCCCAGUACGCACCUCCACCGCCACUCAUGGACAGCUACCCAAAUUCCGGGGAGCCUUACCACCACCAGUACUGGGGCAUGGGCCAGAACUCGUGCCCGCCACCAUUCCUGAGGAAAGAGCGUUGCAACGACAGGGAGGACGCCCAGGUUCCCUUUUUUGAAGAAGAGGUGCCACAAUUAGGAUUUAAGCGCGAGCAUGGGCAGAUUAACAUGGAAGUUCCCAUGUCUAUUGAUGUCCUAGAUGCCGCCAAGCGCAAAACCUUGCCUGGUUGGAUUCGUGAGGGUUUGGAGAAAAUGGAGAGGGAAAAAAUGCGCAAGCUGGAACGAGAGAAGGCAGAAGCAGAGCGACGUGCAAGGAUCAGCAGGCAGGCUGAAGAUGACGACCCAUCAAAUACAAAGUCUAAGUUUGACUCAGAUUCUGAAGAUGAAAAGGAUGCGGUUGACAUGUUCAGUGAAGGUGGUCGCGCAAAGCUGUCACCGAAACGCAAUGGUGCUCCACCGCCGCGUGAAUCCUCGCCAGAGCCAGAGCCCGUUCGGCCGAGAGAAGAGAAUUUCAGGUUCCAGACGCCUGAGGAACAGCAUCAGGAAAUGAUGCUGAAAGUGCGGAGGAUGCUCACUGAGCUUUUGCUUGAAGUGACCAAUGAAGAGAUGCACUCCUUAUGCCAGGAAGUUUUCCAGAAAGCAGUGCUCAAAGCUCCUGCCCGCCAGCUCAGAUCCUCCUCCGCUUUGGCAAAUAUUACUGGUGGAUUGGGCGGCCUCAGUGGUUAUGGCAGUGACAGCGAGUCGAGCAGCGGUGCGGAGAGCGGAGAUGAUUCGGAGGAAGAGCUGCAGCGCUGCAUCCGCGACAAGAGAGCCGCGUUUGCUCAGUGGGAGCACCAGGUGGCAGAGGAACUCGACGAAGAGGACCGUCAGCAUGAGCGCCGGCUGCAGCAGCAGGCAGCUCAGAAGGUAACUGAAGACGGGGGCGUGCGUAACAGCAACAGGCCUGCCGAGAAGAAUUCUAUGGGCGCCUUAGACACCGACUCUCCUAGAGAGGCCAGCCACGAGGAAGCGGCAGAACCUGAUGACAACGAGGAAGAACGAGAGGAUCCUGGUGGUACUCCGCAAGCAGACUGGUCGAGCCCUCCACAAGCGGAACUUCCAGAUGAAAAGGUCAAUGACGAAAGCAGCAGCAGUUCUUCUCCCGAGCACAAUUCUUCGGAGACGGACGACCGGCACGACGACGACGCAUCAUCGAAGAGAGACCGAGAGAAGAGCUCGAGGCGCGAAUCGACAAAGUCGUCCUCGGAGAAAACAAGCGUCAGCAAGAAGCGACACGACAGAAGGAGCCGCAGCUCUUCCCAUCGAAGAAAAAGCCGAAGUCGUUCGCGAGACAAGAAGGACAAGCGGCGCUCCCGACACCAUCGUAGCAGCAGCAGCUCUAGCCACAGCCGAAGCAGUAGCCGGAGACGAACCAAGCGACGAAGUCGGUCGAGGGAUAGAAAAGACAGGCGCAGGCGUCGCAGAAGUAGCAGCAGCAGCCACUCCAGAAGCCGAAGUCGAAGCCACGCCCGACGAAGGAGUCGCUCAAGGAGCGCAAAGCGCUCGAGCCGGAGGAAAGAUAGGAGCCGGAGCCGAAGUCGGAGGCGGAGACACAGCUCUGAAAGCGCAGGGUCGGGUAAGAGGUCCAGUCGCAAAAACAGAGACCGAUGAGACGUGACGUCUGCUACAGGUGCAGAUGGUUGAUGUGCACCACUUCCAGUGGAAUGUCAUCACACACACUCAAGGGCUCAUCAUUGUGAGCAUGUGGGUCAAGUAUGAUUUCUUCUUGUGAAUAGUAGGGCAUUGUGUACAGAAGCUGCAGUGUGCGGUACUGCUGCCUCAUUAAAAAAAAAUAUCCUACUGGUGAAUGCUCAGUGAGGAACUCUGUCCACAAACCAACCUCCCGUCCUUCCUUCCUGCACUGUAUUUUGUCAAAUGUGUAAAUAGAAUGGGGCUUUGAAAAAGUCUCGCCCAUCAAUCACUCAGCCAAGUUUACCUCGCACCAGCACCUUCCCUCAUUCAAUCAGUCCUGCUCUUUCGCGCCUAAUAAAGUUGCAUUUGUCAUACUUGCUUUCUCAUGGAUUGUGUUCUGCUGCAAAUAAAGUGUGCCAAUGUUGUUUA